AUGCAACAGCCCGUUCAAGAUCAACACCACCGUCAACGCAAUAAGCUGCACAAGCCCGCCGACCCCCGUAGCCACAGGUACACCGAUUCCGGUGUUGGCAUGACCGGACAGGAACCCAUUCAGCCCUCCACACACGAUGAGUCGAAUUGGAACGGCCCCGAGGAAGCAAUAGGGGGCGGGACCUACGUCCGAGACUAUGCCCAGCCCACCAGCCGCCUAGAACCUACUAGCGGUGCUGAUCUCAACACUGCGACAACCUCAGCCCAGCCCGCCAGAAACGAUACAACCCCUCGUGAGGAUGUUGGGACACUCCCAGCGGCUGCCAUAAUGGGAGGCAUGAGCACGGCUGGGUCCGACGGUGUGCAGGGAUCCGAUCUCGCAAACCGGCCCCAACAAACGUCCAGCAACGCUGCCCCGUACUGGGGAAGCCUGCCAACCGGUACCAAUGGAGCCGUUCACAACACAGUGGCUGGCCAUGGAAGUGCUACGGACGAUCACAAUGAGCAUCACCACCUCCCUCCAAAGUCAACGUCACCGGAGAGAUCUGUCAUUGCCGGCGGUAUCGCCAACUACCCUCGUGGCGGCGUUUACAACACCGUGACUGGACACGGAAGCCAGGACCAAGAGGCUACACGCCACCACCAAUCCCGCGAUAUCGCCGGCGGUGGAAACAUGGCUGGCGUUGUCGGUCCUGCCAACGAUAACAUGCUUGCCGCACCUCUGUCAGAUAUCCCUGAAGGCCAGCAGAAGACCAACUACGAGCCGACCUUGAUACCUAAAACGGCAGUGAGCGACGACGUCAUUCUCGCAGAAGCUGCCUCUCGCGAUGCCCAGCAUUCCCGGGAGGUGGGAAACCCUGGAGCUGCCGCUCCGCGUGCCUUUCCUCUAGUGGAACCGACAACUGACAACCGCGAUGCCAAACGUGAGUCAACAUCGCCAUCGCGGUACGGUGCUGCCGCCGGCGCGGCUGCGGCCGCAUAUGCUGGGCAGCACCGGGGGCGAAAAAGCCCACCAGAUGAGGAUUCAAGUUAUUCAUCACCCCACCUGGACAACAGCCAUCAAACCGUGGGACAGUCUACGUCUCCCCACCUUGACAAUAGACACCAAACAGCCGGGGCUGUAACAGGCAAACGGCGGCCUUCCCAGCAACGGUCUCAAGUCAAAAAAUCCACGAGCCGUGAUGAGGGGUCGCCAAAAGGCGAAAAGAAGCACAGAAUUCUCGGUAUCUUCCACCGACACAAGGAUGAGGGUAAAGAGGACACCCACCACAGAAGUUCUGCCGGCGACCGCGUGGAGCUUGCAAGAGAAGAUACGGUCACAGUCGACUCCCCGAACCGUUUGCGGAAACUCAGCAAAGGUGAAUCCGCCAUGCAGCGCAGACGGUCGCCGUCGGCCAACCACACCGACCCUGAAGAGCAACCCAGCCAUAACAAGGAGAAAGCCGCCGCCGGAGCGGCAGCAGGAGCUGGCGCCCUUGGGUUCCUCCAUCACCGCAAAAGGAACAGCAUCAGCGAGAAGCCUAAGGAUACCACGAACCCUACUCUGAACCCAAGGUCAGUUGACACCGGGGGAGCUGGUCCUGCUGGAGAAACUCUCCAUCAGGUCGGUCAAGUCUCCACCCCAUUUGAGCAUCCAAGAGAGCCUCCAAUGCCACUGUCGGGACAGGAGCAGCAGCCAGGGACUUACAACGUCCUGGCAAGUGGCACCCCAUCCGGCGUAAGCCAUGGGGUACAAUCCACUACCCAGGGCGCCACAACAAACGAGCCGGGGAACUACAACACUCUGUCUUCUGGUACGGCCUCAGGCGUCAACCCUACCCGGUCUGAGGGCACACGGAGAAACGUAGUAUCCAACCAGUCCGGUGAUUACAACGUCCUUGCUUCUUCUGGCGAGCCUCAGGCGGCGGCACGUUCCCAGGACCGCAACGGUGGCGUCGUCACGCAAGAGCCAGGCCAUUACAACACCUUGGCGUCUGGCAUCCCCUCCGGCAUUGACCGAGAGUCUUCCGUCCCCGGGACUCAAGCCGGAAACCGCGAUACUGCGACGGAUGAUCUCAGAGAUGAUGGCGAACCCACCGAGUACAACGUCCUCCCAUCAGGCACCGCCUCCGGCGUCAAGGUCAAGCCCAAGUCACACCGCCACAGCAACCACGCCACCGCCGCGGCCACCUCUGGCAUCAACCAGCCGACCACAACCACAGGUCCCAGCACCACCACCGGCGACGAUCCUCAACACACUUUCCCCAGCGGCACGCCCAUCCCCCUGCAUCUCCGCCGCGAACGUGAACGCGAGCGCAACCACGCCCACCACCCCAACGCCAGCCAGGAAUCCGUCCCCGGCAUCACCAGCUACGCCCACCCCGACUCGGACUCCGCCGAGCAACACAUGAGUCCCGAGGUCAUGCCCGCCGCCUACACGGCAACCGCCCACCCCCCGCGCGAGUACCAACACCAACCCCAACACCAUCCCCACCCACAAACCACCACACAGCCCCAGAAUCUCACCCGCCUCCAGCAGCCGCACGGCGCGGCAACGGGGUACACACAAGAACAGUACCCCACGCAACAGCGCACCGCCCUAGGCAUGAGCCCCGCCGUCAUGCCGGCCGCGUACACCGCGUCGGUGAACCCCCCGCGUGAGUCUGGCCAACGCCAACAACAGCAGUACCAACACCAGCGGGGUGUGGAAAGCCAGCAGCGUGUGGAGGAUGAUAGGCGCUUCAACCUCUGCGCUGGCGGCGGCGACGACGUCGUGGGCUGCUGCGGGCGGUGCUGCGGCGGGGGGGAGGGGGGGUGA